UAUAAAGUAGCAACCUGCUUUAAUGUUUAAGGAAGGCAUUCAAGAUGGCAAAGAUGUUGUGCUCUCUGUUCCUGGCAGGCUUUGUCCUACAGGCAAAUGCCUUCAGCUUAUUUCCACAUCUUCCAAAUCCUUUUCCUCAAUUUCAUAUUCCAAAUCCUUUUGACUAUUUACCCAGUGUGUCUGACAUUGCCAGUCUUUUGAAUCCUUUAAGAUACUUGCCCAACAUUGCGAACUUCUUGAAUCCUCUAAAUUUCAUUCCUAACAUUGUUCACCUUAUGAACCCUUUUACCUAUAUUCCGGACAUUCUGAAUCCGUUUCACUACAUCCCCAACCCUCUUGAUUUCCUUCCCAACCCUCUUGAUUACAUUCCCAAUCCCUUUAAAUACCUUCCCAACCCACUGGAUUGGAUUCCUGGACUCGGCAAAGACAGAUGCAAACUUCAACCAGACGUUGGACCUUGCAAAGCUUCUGUGGUUCGUUACUAUUAUGACGAGAACAUCAAGGCAUGCAUAAAAUUCCAGUACGGUGGUUGCAAGGGCAACAGGAACAAUUUCAAAGACAAAGAUGAAUGCGAAAAGGCUUGCAGAGCUCACUAA